AUGCGGCUCUUCAACGCCGGCCACAUAUUCUCGAUUGGGUUCAACAUCGGGGAGAAUCUUCGCGGUUGGCGGCGAGUUGUUGCUGGUCAUCGCCCCGAAGCUGACAAUGCGGUCGUGGGGAUAGCUCUCUUUCGCGUGUACCGUGACACGUUCAGCAGCGGCCGCAAGUUGUACGUGGACGACCUGCUGUCGAACGCCCAUCGGUUUUACUUUCGAGAAGGGCUGACCAUUGCUGGUUUCGACUUUGUCGCGCCAACCGCGAGCGAUUAA